AGGAUUACACAGUGAAAUUGGCCGACAUUUUUCGGGGCAUUAUUCAUUUCAUUUGGAGGUGUUGUUCUUGUCCUGAUUAUUUGACGUGUUGUAAACGUUGUCCACCCAAUGGACAUUUUAAGGACCAGCACUGUAUUUUUCACGUGGUUAGUUCAUGUUGACAAGAACCUGGAAGUUAAGGAAAGUUUACAAGAGAAUCUAUAUGAGGAUGGUUAUUGCUUAGAUGUUUGGUUUAUCGGAGGAUUAACUAUUUCUCAAGAUGGAGUUAGCUGAUUAUUUAGUUAGAAUAUUUGUGUUGAUAUUGUUUGUAUCAGUAGAAUGUGGUCGAUACGAAUGGAUGACUUAUGAUCAUUUUGAUGAGAUGGAAGAAGUUUAUAAUUCUAUGGAUGGAGAUAGCUGUCGUGGUAAAUCCAAACAAGAUAUGGAAAUGCGUGGUGACCUUGUAACGAUGAUUCCUAGAUAUAACACUUUAAGAUCUAUGACGUGGUACAAAAACAGAACAAUGAUGAUUCAUCUUCACAAUAUGGCUUUAAACAGGGCUUUCUUUUUUAGUUAUAUUUACCAGAAAUUGAACGAAACCAAUAUAAAAGUAUUUCAAACUCAGCCUAAUUGGAUGUAUAUGUAUUUUUCUGUGGGAGCGGACGUGAAUGCCAAUCCUUAUGGUAUCAAUGCCAGUGCUAUCAUUUUUGAUUUCAAUUGCACCUAUACUAAUUGGUUUGUAUCUGUUCCUUUCAAUACGACUUUACAAUAUUUUGGACCGAAGGCAUGGAGAUGGGAAGAUUACAACGACCAAGAUAAUUUUUUACGGGAACCAACUCGGAAAGUGGCGGCUAUUAAAGAUAUCGGAUCGGGAUAUAAUAACAACUAUACUGACCCCAGUUAUAAGAUGAAUAAUUGGUAUAAUAAAUGGAUGCCGGAUACGGUGGGAGACGUGGAUUCUCUGACAAAAUACACAUACAACGUUGGAUUAAGAUACUCAAAUACGACUGGAAAAUUUAUGACAGAUGACUUUCAGUCUUUCACCUUUUUCGGACCACCACAACCAGGUCAGCAAGAAAAAGAUGAGAGAAUGCUACCAGUAACAUUUACCAAACCCUACUUUGAUUGUGGUGUUUCUGAUAAGUGGGUUGUUAGUGCUACAAGUCCAGUCGUUGAGUUCAUGCCAAGAUAUUCAAAUUGGACUCAUUUAAGACGUCCACGAACUGUCGCUGUAGUUGUAAUGGAUAUUGAUUGGGAUAUGAUAGAUUUUAAUUCCUGUCCAGUAAGUAUUGGUAAUCCAGGACCCAGCUAUCUAUCUGGCAUUUCAAGGUGCAAACCCACUACAGGGUGUAAACAUAAGCCAGGUUAUGGUUUUAUGAGAGGAGGUUAUGUAUGUGUGUGUAAACCAGGUAAAAGAUAUCCUAUAUAUAUAGAUCCACCAUAUCAAGGUGAUAAUAUAGAACAAGCUACAGAUGAAGAAUAUAAAAAUGGAUUCGAUUGUACAAAUGUAGAAUUUCGUCAAGUAUUACCAGUAGUGGAUACUUUAGAAGGAACCGUUAUUGAAGGUGGUGGAAGUGGUGGCCUUCAGACCAAACGAGACACCAGUCACGUGCGUAGAACUGGAUUUAUAUCAAGAACUCUUAAAUCAUUCAAUGAAACCGGAGAAGAACUCAAAUUCAGACCAUUUGGUCCCGAAAACAAACAACGUCCACGGCAAUAUCCAUCAAGACGAGUCAAAUAUGUUUCUCGGCAACCUAAACAGAAACCACCAAAAACACCAGCUCAAAAACUCAAACUUCUUUCCAGAAAGAAGAGGGCCUUCACUUAUGAUUAUGUUGCCUUUGAGAAAAUGAUGCAGGUAUUCAGACAGAAAGCAGCAGUGACGGCAUCGAAUUGUCGCGAUAUGUCUGAUGCAACCAAGUCUAUGCCAGGCAGUGUUGCUUAUGGUGUUAACAGUCAAAUGGAAUCGGAGGGAAGAACAGCACUAAGAUUGGCGCACUUUUUGAGUAACUUUUUACAAAAUACGAGCCCAGAUGAAGAUUUUGGAAACAUGCUAGGUGGCGGUCGUUUGAACAUGGAGCAUGUUUUUGGAGAGGUGAUAGCUAAUGUUAUGGGUAAUUACCAAAUACGGUCUAGUGGCGUUUUUUUCGACACGAAUCAAUUUAUAAAUCCUGAUGAUUCUGUCAGAGAAUAUUUUGGUCCUUUAGCGUAUCAAAAAGACGGUGGUUAUUAUGCCAUUGACUCAGCUGGGUUACCAGAAGCGUAUGUACACGAGGAUUGGUAUAUGACGGUUAAAUCGAGGUGGCAGUCCAACACUGUUCAACUCAAAACGUUCAAACUACGACCAAUGAUUCGCUCCGAUCCAAAAGGAACCAGUAGUAUUAGGUUUGAACAUUUUCCUCUCUCCUAUAAAGCACCAGAAUAUUCCGAUGGUUACUGGACGAACCCUAGAUUUAAAUGUGACGGAAGAGUUGAUGACUGGAUAAUCACGUAUGUGGUUCCGUUCUUUGGUUUGGAUGGUAUAAGAAAGAGAACCAAAUUCAUGGGUGUCGUAACUGUCGAUGUACCACUGGGUGCAUUAGAAAUAAACCAAUGUCCACAACCAUUCCAUGUUGCUAACGCUUUUAAAAACACAGCUCGAUGUGAUCUGGAAUCUACUAAGUGUAGACCACAACCGGGUUUUAAGUUCAUGAGAGGAUCGUAUAGAUGUGAUUGUAAAGAGGGUUAUGAAUAUAUGCAUAAUGAUGGUAAAUUCUGGAUAGAAGGAUCCUUGGUAGAAAUAGAAUAUGAAAAGAAGAUGAAAGGUUUAUUUAGCAGGUUUGAUGAUCUGAGGUGUAGAAUAUCUGGUGGUUCAACAAUAACAUACAGUUUGUUUUUAACGUUAAUUGUUAUAUUGGUAUCAUUGCAUCAUUUCAUAUUAUAAGUAUUAUUUUAUCUCCCGAGAUCACUAUAAAAUUGUCUCGGUAAAAAGAAAGACAUCUUAACACCCCCGACCCCCACACCCGUGCUCCCUAGAAUGAUAACCAGGAUUGAUAGCCCAAUAAAAUUCUAAGGAUCAAACCAUGAAAUAGUUUGCUUCAACUUAAGUUUUACUCAAAUUUAAAUUGCUGGUUGCUACUAGCACAAAGGGUAAAUAUGUCAACAGACAGUAUAUUAUUUUAUUUCUGACAUACUAGUCACCCCAGUCAAAAAUGUGUAACAUCAGUUUUUGAAUUUUAUGCAAAGGUUGAAUAACAAAUUUGAGUAAUUAUUAAUUUAUGCCCAAAAAAUUAUAGGGGCAACUGACAUGGGAAUACUUUCACCGAACCGCUUCUUUUAUUGGGAAUAAAAAUGACGAACUUGGUUCAAACAAAUACAACAUUUAAUUUGCAGAAAGUUAAAAGUGAUAGAUCUAAACUGUUUAGGUCAGAUAUAUAGAUAAAAGCGUACUUGUAUUUUUGAUUGUUUUUAACUGUUCCGAUAUAUGACCAAUUUAAGCUUAUGUUAAGUGUUAAUAUUUCGUUUUAUACUUCGUUAUAUUAUGUUAUGUAUAUUUAAGGCUAAGUUUACAAAAUGCCACAGGAAGGUUCAGCUUUUAAUUGACGAGACUUCUUUGAUUUGGGUCACCAUAUCGGAUCAAACCAAAUCAAUAUUUUAUUAUGACCUUGAGGAAAGGGGUUUAGCUGCUUUAAGUUUAGUUUAUUGUUAAAGGGGGAGGUUUGCUUUUGUCGAUUUGACGUUAUCUAAAAACGCACACUGUAUCCAUCCAUGCUUAGUGCUUUUAUGAAAAGCACAUUUAUGUCUUGAGUGUAUGGUCAAAAGGGUUCAACAUGUCCUCGAAAUCUCCCACCCAGGUACACUUCUGCCAAGAGGGGCUUGAUAAUCAUAAGUAAUGACUAUGAAUCAAUGACGUUUAGGUGUAUAGGAUAAUUUUAAUGAGCGUAAUUACCACAUUCCUGUGGAAUACACAAUGUCUUGAUCGUCACAUUACUAAACAAAGCUGAAUGAUAAUACGACAGAUUAUUUGAAAGUUCGAAAGUCUACCCAAAAUCCAGAGAUUCUUUUCUGAUUAUAUCUAUUAAAACAUAUAUUAGAUUCAGUUUUGGGUCAGGGUCAUCAAGCUUUUUCGACCCGGACAGCUGGCCGACAGCUCGCUUUCGAGGACAUUAUUUUAUUCUUCAAACAUAAACUUAAUUUGAUGUAUAUAUCAAACAGUCUACCGUCACUCAUAAAUACAAAUCCAGCACGUGUCAAUAAUCAGGGACACAACAUUGUUCGAUAUGUAAACAUCCAGACUUUUGACUUUUGACUAUUGACUAUUUAUUUAAGUGAUUGUAUGCUAGAAUUACAUCUGGACAGGGAAGUCCUUAAUAAUUCAAUAGGUUGUCUUAUUCGAUUGGGGAAACCCAGAGAAAAUGUCCUCGCUUUACAACCCUACCCAAAAUUUUAGACCACUUCCUGAACGGUAUAGCCGAUUUGAAGGAUCUAUGUUGUUUGUUUGAAACAGGAGAAAUGGAUAUGCCAUAUAUAUCAUGUUAUUUGAUCGUAAGCGGGUUAAUCGUAUAGUACAAUGGAUGUUAACUCAUUUUACAUCCUGUUAUAGUGUCGUUUUUUUAAGCUGUCAUACGAGCCUUCCUUUAAACAACUGGUGUAAUGCUGUCACUUCUUCGUUGUUAACCAACGGUCAUUUUUUCUUUCAGUGCAACUCUUUAAAUCGUCAAUAAUGGAACAUUAGUAGUGGACUUGAGAAAGUGUGUGUGUGCGUGCGCGUGUGUGUGGCGGGGGGGGGGGGGGGCCAAAAGGCGCUAUUGUAUUUUUAUACGCCCACAUUUUCAUGUGGACGUAUGUUGUCGUCGCCCCUGUCCGUCCACCCGUUCACACUUUGUUUGGAUUUUUGGCCUUUAUUGUACGAAAAUCGCCUUUUUAGUUGUUCUCUGUUCAUCUCUUGCAAAAUAUGGGCAUAUCUUACAUAGCAACCACUUGUUAUUAUACAUAGAAUAAUGUUCAUAUAUCAUGUCAUUCAGGUUAUUGAUACAUGUAUUAGAUGUUAAACAUCUAGCCUAUUCACGUCUGUGCCAUUAUAUUAUCUAUUUUACCUAAUGGAUUUUUAAUCACUGUAUUUUGUAGUAUUAUGCCGUGGUUCGCUAGCUUUUGUAUUAUUUCCUGUAUUUUUUAUUGAUAAUAGAGCUUUAUAUUCAUUAAUUAUUAUAGCAUUGAUGUCAUUUGCGGGUAAUUCAAUUCAUCUAGCGCAUAUACGGGCGAUUCCUUUCGUCUACCGCAUUACGGGCGAUUUGCGACGCUAACGGAUAUCGACUUUGUGAUCUUACAAAAUAGAGUCUGAAGUCGGCCAGCCCGCCAUGUUGAGUAGUCAAAUGAUGAGCAGCUGCAAUCCCUGUGCUGUCCCUUGCUUGUACGCGAUUUUCAUUUAGACAUUUUGUUGUAAACCAAUCAUUCUGUAGUCUCUAUCAUCCAGAAAAAUAUUCUACGUACGUUGAGGACUAGGAGUUUCUGGGUGACCGAGACUAAUCAUACUGUACAAUCGUGCUUCAAUGUCGUAAUGGUCCCGAUAUUUUAUUUUUUCAAAAUAGAUUAAAAGAGGGGUUGACUUUUUAAUUAUUACUGAUGUGUUAUUAUUGAAGAUAUAAUAUUUAUAUUUUGGUUAUAUAAUCUUUUUAUGAGAUAUAAAGAUUUAUUACUUGUCCAAUAAUACCAAAGUAGAGAUUUAACUAGCAUGUAAAUCUCGGAUGUUUUCUAUUAAUGUUUUAUACAGAAAUAAAGAAAGACAGUUAGAUUGUAAAUAAAGUGAGUAGAAUUUGAA